AUGUUGGCUGUUUUCAAGAAUGGAUUGGUGAGUCCACCAAAGGAACUAAACAGCCCUAACCCAAAUCAAUCAAACAAUCAAUCUCCAAUUGAAGCCUUCUUGUCUUCUAAUCAAUACAAUGCUUCAUCCAUUUCUUUGGGAAAUGAUGCUUCUUUGGCCUUUACACAUUCUUCCCAGUCCAUUUUGUCCACACAAAGGUUGUUUAGUACCGUGGAUGACAUCUAUUGCAUAUUCUUGGGAAAUUUGAACAAUUUGUACGCACUUAACAAGCAAUACGGGCUAGCCAAGGGAACAAAUGAGUCCAUGUUUGUGAUUCAAGCCUACAAGACCCUUAGAGACCGUGGCCCAUACCCGGCUCAUUCAGUCCUUAAGGACCUUGAGGGCAGUUUUGGUUUUGUGGUCUUUGACUUUAAGGCUAAAACUGUGUUUAUUUCACUUGGUAACGAUGGAAGAGUGAUGCUUUUUUGGGGGAUAGCUGCUGAUGGGUCUGUUGUAAUUUCUGAUAAUUUGGAAGUCAUAAAAUCUAGCUGCUCAAAGUCUUUUGCCCCCUUCCCAACUGGUUGCUUGUACCAUACAGGAGGUGAGUUGAUGAGUUUUGAGCAUCCAAAGAACAAAUUGAAAGCAAUCUCAAGGGUUGAUAGUGAGGGUGCAAUGUGUGGAGCCACCUUCAAAGUUGAUCUCUUUGCAAAGACCAAAAGCAUGCCAAGGGUUGGAAGUCAUGCUAAUUGGGCUUGGAGCCAAGAGGCUUGA